AUGCUGUACGUUGUCCUCUUCGCUCUGCUCGGCUCUGCCUCUGUGCUGGCUGAUGGCAAGCAUCCGCUCUACUCCUUCUCCCCAACCGUGGGUUCAGGAAGUGGCACAUCGUACAGUCUGUCAGGAGAGGGCAGAAUCACUGGAGUCAGGGUGUGGGAGGCCUAUAACAACUAUAUCUACGGCUUCCAGUUCCGCUAUGGCUACAUCUGGUCUGAAGUCGUUGGCUUCAGUAAUGGAGAUCUCCAGGAGAUGGAGCUGUUUGACGGCGAGGCCAUCAUUCAGAUCUCUGGGAAGUUUAACCACUACAUCCAGUCAGUGGUGUUCACCACCUCCAGAGGCCGCACGCUGCGAGCCGGUCAGCCCUCAGGGAGGUCCUUUAACUUUUAUCCAGAGCACAGCAUGGCUGAGCUGAUCAUCAUCAGCGGGCGCUACCACGGAGCCAUCACCGCCAUCGGGGCGCACUGGGCCGUCAUUGGUGAUUCAUAUAAAAACAGAAACAGCAACAGCACUGCUCUGAUGUGA